AUGGAAAACUCACCCAAAAAAAACACCCAACUAUUCUUCUCAAAAUCUGAAAGACCCACGAACAGGACUCCUUUUAAAUCAGAGUCAUCUGUUUCAGAAGGAAAACAACCUUGUUGUGGAGAAUUAAAGGUAUUUCUCUGUGCAUUAUCUUUUGUUUAUUUUGCCAAAGCCUUGUCAGAAGGUUAUCUGAAGAGCACAAUCACUCAGAUAGAAAGACGAUUUGAAAUCCCUAGUUCUCUGGUUGGAGUUAUUGAUGGGAGCUUUGAAAUUGGGAAUCUUUUAGUUAUAACCUUUGUUAGCUACUUUGGAGCUAAACUUCAUAGGCCGAAGAUAAUUGGAACAGGAUGCCUAAUUAUGGGAGUUGGAACUUUGCUUAUUGCAAUGCCUCACUUCUUCAUGGGACAUUACAGGUAUGACAAAUUUUCUCCUUCCAAUUCCACCAUCACCAUUUCUCCAUGCUUACAGGACCUCAACAAAAAAAUUUCAUUUUCAGUUAUGGAAAGAUCUCAAUCAAAAGAAAAUACAGGAUGUGAAACAGAAACUCGAACUUCCACGUGGGUUUAUGUUUUUCUGGGAAACCUCCUCCGUGGAAUAGGAGAAACUCCCAUUCAGCCUCUGGGGAUUACCUACAUUGAUGACCACGCCAGUGAGGACAAUGCUGCAUUCUAUAUUGGGUGUGUGCAGACGGUUGCAAUUAUUGGGCCAAUAUUUGGAUUUCUUUUAGGCUCUCUAUGUGCCAAACUAUAUGUUGACAUUGGCUUUGUAAACCUAGAUAACCUAGCCAUUACUCCAAAGGACACACAAUGGGUAGGUGCCUGGUGGCUAGGUUAUUUAAUAGCUGGUGCCCUAAGUCUUAUUGCAGCUGUGCCUUUCUGGUUCUUGCCAAAGAGUCUCAUGAAACCUGAAAGCAGGAAAGAUUCCAUUUCCUCUUCUGAAAAAUCAAAGUUUAUUGUUCAAAAUCCUCAGGAAUAUCACACACACUCUCAAGAGAAAGUGACAAUGCUAGAAAUGGCAAGAGAUUUUCUGCCUUCUCUGAAGAGGCUUUUUGGAAAUCCAGUGUAUUUUUUAUACUUGUGUGCAAGCACUGUUCAGUUUAAUUCUUUAUUUGGAAUGGUCACAUAUAAACCCAAGUAUAUUGAACAACAGUAUGGACAAUCAUCCUCGAAGACAAAUUUUGUUAUAGGGCUCAUCAACAUUCCAGCAGUAGCCUUUGGAAUAUUCUCUGGGGGACUAGUUAUGAAAAAAUUCAGGAUCAGUGUGUUUGGAGCUUCAAAACUCUAUCUGGGAUCUUCAUUCUUUGGUUACCUUCUAUUGCUUUCCCUGUUUGCAAUGGGCUGUGAUAAUUCUGAUGUGGCUGGCCUAACUAUCUCCUACCAAGGAACCAGACAAGUCUCUUAUUAUGAACGAGCUCUCUUUUCAAAGUGCAAUUCAGGAUGUACAUGUUCAAAGACAGAAUGGGAUCCUAUAUGUGGAGAAAAUGGAAUCACCUAUGUAUCUGCUUGUCUUGCUGGUUGCCAAACUUCCACUGGAAGUGGGAAAAACACUAUAUUUUACAAUUGCACCUGUGUAGGAGUCACAGAGUCUAAAUCAGGAAAUUCCUCAGGAAUGGUGGGCAGAUGUCAAAAAGGAAAUGAAUGUUCAAAAAUGUUUCUAUAUUUCCUGAUAAUAUCAGUCAUCACUUCCUAUACUUUAUCUGUAGGUGGCACACCUGGGUAUAUAUUGCUUCUGAGGUCUAUUAAGCCACAUUUUAAAUCUUUUGCCCUGGGAAUCUACACUUUAGCAAUAAGAGUCUUUGCAGGAAUUCCAGCUCCAAUAUACUUUGGAGUGUUGAUAGACACAACAUGUCUUAAAUGGGGAAUUAAAAGAUGUGGAUACCGAGGAGCCUGCAGAUUAUAUGACUCUUAUGCCUUUAGAUACAUAUAUCUGGGCUUAACCGUGUUACUUGGCACCGUGUCCAUUUUCCUGAGUGUUGCAAUGCUUUUUGUUUUAAAGAGGAGGUCUGUUUCUAAAGAUGGAAACCUUGCAAACAAUAAAGAAGAUGCAAUGGAAUCUACAAGUAGCAAAAAAGAGCACCAUACUAACAAUGACCAUAUUUUUGAGACUCUCUAUUGGCCAGGCAAGGAAACAGAGCUUUAG